UCAUUGUCACUUGUGACGGGUGUUUGAAAAUCAAAACAACCUGAGUGGGAAGUUAAAAGUUGUAUUAUUUCUGUAACUCUUACCUAUAUUUAAUUUACUUAAUUGUUAACGUUUGAUUAUACUUCCCAGUAUCUUCCAUACAAUUCAUAAGUGCGCGCAAUAAAGUAUUGAUUAACGAGUUAAUUUGCGCGGAAUAGUUACUUAACCUAAAAGUUUUGAAUUGUUUAAUUUUUUUAUUAUUAAUUCACGAUGCGUUACGCACAGUUAGUAGUGGGCCCUGCUGGGAGUGGAAAGUCUACAUACUGCUCAACGAUAGUGAAACACGCCAGUGAUGCCAAACGGAUAGUGGAGGUAGUGAACCUAGACCCUGCUGCGGAACACUUUGACUACGAGCCACUGGUGGACAUCCGGGAACUGAUACACUUGGAAGAUGCCAUGGAAGAUGAGGAACUGCAGUUUGGACCUAAUGGAGGACUUGUUUUUUGUAUAGAAACGUUACUAGAGAACUGUGACUGGUUAGAAGAGCAGCUAGGAGACGUAGACGAUGACUACCUACUGUUUGACUGUCCCGGCCAGAUAGAACUGUACACACACUUGCCUGUCAUGAGGAAGCUGGUGGAUCUCCUGCAGAAGUGGAACUUCAGGAUAUGUGUUGUGUUCAUGGUUGAUUCACAGUUCAUGAUUGAUGGCGCUAAGUUCUUAUCAGGCACAAUGGCGGCACUUAGUGUGAUGGUGAACCUGGAACUCCCACAUGUCAACAUUCUCACCAAGAUGGACUUGCUCAGCAAAAGCGCGCGAAGACAGAUUGACGAUUACCUAGAUCCAGACCCACACGUGCUCCUAGCUGACAUGAGAAACGCGAAAUCGAAAUGGCACGAAAAGUACGCAAAACUUACAGAAGCAAUCGGAGAAGUCAUAGAGAACUUCAGUCUAGUCCGGUUUUACCCGCUCAACAUCAAAGAUGAAGAGAGCGUGGAGAAUAUCAUGAUAACCAUAGACAAUAUUAUUCAGUAUGGAGAAGAUGCUGAUGUUAAGAUUCGGGACUUUGAUGAAGAAGACCCCGAGGAUAUUAACUGUGAUUAAAUAAACUUGUUAUUUUUU